UAUUUUACAUCCGUGUCAUGUCAGUGAGAAGGACUGGUGAAAAUGGCUGUCAACCAGUAUACCGAUGUGAACGGAAAACCGAUUACUUUUGAUUCUGAGUCACAUAAGGACUUCUGCCGAGAAUUCACUAUUAGCAAUGCAAAGUUAUCCCUGCGCACUAUUUUGAUCUACACCUGCAUUGUAUGGUUGCUUGCAUACGCAGUGUUCUUCAUAACUGAAAACACUGUUGUCCUCUCCAGUGCCAUCAUUGUGACACUGGUCAGCAUGGUGAUCGGCAUUCAUUUUGUAAAGGUGGACCGUGAAACGCUACUGAUCAUUAGGUCCCUGGGUGUUCAGGUGUCAUCAUCCUUUGCCUCAGGGAGAGAAUGUACUACUUUCAUCGAAAUGAGCAAAAUUAAAGACAUUGUUAUCAAUGAGGCUGUUUACAUGCACAGGGUCAUAUACUACCUCUGCAUUCUUGUGAAGAACCCCUCAGAUCCUGAAAUGAUAUCCAGUGUAGUUCCCCUUUUUCAGAGUUCCAAGCCGAGGUUGAAUUGCUUAGAACAAGUAUAUAAAGCCUGUCAGGAAGUACUGUUACAAAACUGAUGACAAGAUUCAUCCGAAUCCCCAUUCUGAUGCCUUAAUGCCGUUAUAUGCGUACGAAGAAUAACAAGUUUUCAUUGUAUUUGUAUAAUUGUAUUAUUAAAGGGAGUGUCAAAUGCAUACAAUCUCUAAUUUUGUUUUAAAACGUUUGUUUCUUUGUUUGGACCAAAAUGAGUUGAUGAAUGAAUUAAUUUUAUUUAUAGUUCCUUUGAAAGUAUUACACUAUAAUCUACAUUUUAAAAUUUGGUUAACAUGUCUUGAAUUGUAUUAUCCAGAUAUGUUGACUCCACCAAUAUAUUUGAAAUAGAAAGAAACUUUAGAAAGUGACAUCAGUUGGCACUUGUAGUGGUACUUGGUACUUGUCUCUUGGUAGCCUACCUUAACUGCUGUUCCUCUGAAAAAUGAGUAAUCAGUUAUACUGAAAAUAUUUUAGCACUCUUAUUUUAUGUUGUAGUGUAGGCUGAUGAUAAAAAAUGUGCAGAAAACACUCAACACUGAAUUUAUGUGAUCUGCAAUGCUGAGCUGUUGAAUGUAUCUCAACAAUGUUUUAAUAAAUGAACACUUUAAUUAA